AUUGCAGCGUGGAUGAGGUGGAGUCCCAGAAUCCGCGUCAUUGAUUGCGGCCUCUGAGCAUCUUCCACCCCCUUCAGCCGCUGGAUGCAGGGACACUCCUCUCCGCGUCCCUGUGUGCUGACAGAGAACCAAAGCUGCCGAUCCGAGGCAGAUAUGGGAUUGGAGCGGACGGGAAGAAGUGCCGGGAGCGGGCUUUCGCUGCGCGGUUAAGCGAUCGACUUGGCCAGCCCAUCGCCAGCCCAUGAGGACGCACGAUGGCCAAACAGUACGAUGUGUUAUUCAGACUACUACUCAUCGGAGACUCCGGGGUGGGCAAAACCUGCUUGCUCUGCCGCUUCACGGACAAUGAAUUCCACGCUUCACACAUUUCAACUAUAGGAGUUGACUUCAAAAUGAAGACAAUAGAUGUGGAUGGAAUCAAAGUACGAAUACAGAUUUGGGAUACCGCAGGGCAGGAACGAUACCAGACUAUUACAAAGCAGUACUACAGGCGGGCCCAGGGAAUCUUUUUGGUGUACGAUAUCACAAGCGAGAGGUCCUUUCAGCAUAUCAUGAAAUGGGCCAGUGAUGUUGAUGAGUAUGCACCAGAAGGGGUUCAGAAAAUUCUCAUAGCCAACAAAGCUGACGAGGAACAGAAGAGGCAAGUUGGUGCAAGGCAAGGUCAUAAGCUUGCAAAAGAAUAUGGAAUGGACUUCUUUGAAACAAGUGCCUGCACCAACUAUAACAUUAAAGAGUCAUUCACUCGACUGACGGAACUAGUGCUACAGGCCCACAAGAAGGAGCUUGAUGGACUUAGGCUGUCAACUCCCGAUGAACUUGUCAUUGGCGAUUUAGAAGAAGAUGACAGCAAAACCGAGCGGAUUGAUAAUUCACAAAAAGCUUGCUGGUGCUAGAAAUAUCGCAAAAAUGAAAAAUCCUAUUCUGCUGUCUGAGUCAUGCCUCAAACUUUCAAGACCUGGUUGCCUGCUCCUACACUGUGUCAUCUCAAAUAUUCAUCUGAAUCCUGCCUUUCCCUUGAGUUGGAUUAAUCCGUACAGUCAGUUUUUAUCGGUAUUGUAUUUUUGUCCUGGCUCUGUGAUUCAACAAUUUCUUGGACCUGGCUUGUCUGCUGUGCUUUUUGUACAGUUACUGUGCUGUGAUUCAUGUUCAGAUCACCGAAUGUUGAUCCAGUAGCCCAGUUUCUACAAGACUGCAGUUUCAGUAUUUGUUUCAUAUGUGAAUGACCCUUCCAGAUAAUACGUCUCAACAUCAAUCAAUAUGCCAAUUUCUUGAAAUAUCCCCCAAUUGUGUAGUUAGUUUCUGCAAAAUGCUAUUAUUAUUCUUGCUCAAUAAAAAUGCUUUGUUGUU